AUGGGACUGAUCACCGGCCUUUUUACCUUCUUUUACCAUCUACCACGGAUUUACAGAUGGCUUCUCAAACCAUAUUAUUUACUGUCGUUUCUUAUGUCAGUCGCUUUUUUCGGGGUUAGGAAAUGUCCUGGACUGUGCGACCACCUUCCGUCGCAACGGGAGGACGGUGACUCAUGCGCCUUCGACUGGAGGGAGAUGGAGAUCCUCAUGUUCCUCAGUGCUAUUAUCAUGAUGAAGAAUAGGAGAGCCAUCACACUGGAGCAGCACAUUGGGAACAUGCUGCUGUUCAGUAAGGUGGCUAACGUGGUCCUGUUCUUCAGAGUGGACCUGAGGCUGGGGAUUCUCUACCUCGCUCUGUGUGUGGUGUUUGUGGCGACGUGCAAACCUCCUCUCUACAUGGGACCUGAAUACGUCAAAUACUUCAGCCAUAAAACCAUAGACGAGGAGUUAGAGACAGACAGUCGUGUGACCUGGCUUGUCGAGUUUUACACCAACUGGUCUCCAGAGUGCCAGUCUUUUGCCCCUGUCUUUGCUGACAUCUCUCUAAAGUAUAACUGUGCUGGUCUCAAGUUUGGUAAAGUGGACAUAGGACGAUAUGCAGACGUAGCACAGAGGUAUAGGGUAAAUCCUUCCCCCCUCUCCAGACAGCUUCCCUCUCUACUGCUACUGCAGGGAGGGCGAGAGCUCAUGCGUCGCCCCCAAGUGGACAAGAAGGGACGAGCAAUCACCUGGAGCUUCACUGAGGAGAACAUCAUCCGUGAGUUCAGUCUGAACGAAAUCUUCCAGAGAUCUGCCAAGUUCUACAAGGGGCGAUGUGAAAAGACAGAGGAGGUGGAGCUAGUCCCACAGGAAGGUCUUAGUGGCCAGGAGCCACUCAGUGAAGCAGAGGUGGAGCCAGAGAGCAAGAAGGUCAGAUGA